GACUUCCGUCCGUGGUACAGCAACAAGCAACAAAAUGGGCUGCGCUAUUUCCAUCGUAAAGUACAUCCUUUUCCUGUUCAAUUUCAUUUUUGUGCUUGCAGGUAUCGCCCUACUGACAAUUGGGAUUCUGAUAAAGCUGCAAAUUGGUGAAAUUGGAGAAGUUCUUGACUCAAAGACAAAUACUCCUGCUAUACUACUCAUAGUUAUUGGCAGUAUUAUUCUUGUGAUCUCAUUCUAUGGAUGCUGCGGAGCAAUCAGAGAGAGUCAUUGUAUGGUCACAACGUAUGCUGUGUUCCUCCUGACAGUACUGGUUCUGCAAAUUGCAAUUGCUGUUCUUGCUUUUGUAUACGGUGGUGAUACGGAUGCUGUUCUAAAACAAACUCUUUAUGACUUUGUUCAUGACUACAGUACAAACGAAAGUAGUAGAAAAGCAAUGGAUGCGCUCCAGAAUAGUCUAGAAUGCUGUGGAGCAGAUGGACCAGAAGAUUAUUUCAAGAUGGGCUUAUUUAACUUGCCAUCUUCUUGUUGCAAACAAGGUGACACUUGUCGAAUUGGAAUUCUUAAUUCAGCACCUUACUACACUACUGGCUGUCUUGAAGCUAUGGAGAACUUCUUGAGCUAUGCAGGACACAUAAUGGGUGGUAUAGCAAUUGGAGCAGCUGUUGUUGAGAUUGUUGGAAUAGUAUUUGCUCUUUGCUUGGCCAGCUCAAUCAAAAAUGAGGCUCGAAGAAGAGAUGUUUAACUUCUUGUUCAAAAGAAAUAUGUGAAACUGUUGUGAUCGGAUUUCCACAAGAAUCACUACAGUGAAUGACAGUCAGUAACACUGAUUACUAGAUUUAAAGAAUAUGUACUGUGAACAAACAAUGUAAGAACAAUUUUAGCAUUUCUACUUAGUAUAGUACGAACCUUUAGAUAAUUUUGCAUUAUUCUGUAACAAGUGAUAUUAUUCUAGGAGCAUGUAUGACUAGCAUUGGCAGGUAUCAUUAGUUUACUUCCAUUAUAUAAGCUAUCAUAAAAUUCAAGAGACAUCUAUUGGUUGCAGUUUGACAUUUGAAAAAGUAAUGCACUUGGAACAAAACAACAGCCUUUUUCAAUUUUGGCAACACAUAGAUCUUUUAACUCAGUUUUUGUAUAAUAGUAUCUAAACAACUUACUUUGUUUGUUAUAGAUCCUGCAAAAAUUCGUUAUUAGUUUGUCACAAAUAUGAAACAGAGUGUGGCUGCAUCGUUAUUUGUUAAGAGUCUAUAUACAGAUUCUGCUUAUUUAUUGUCAAAUGAAGAUUUAUUUUAAUGAAACCAUUCCUAAAUAAAAUAGCACUUUUCUUUUUUCUCUGGUUGUGUUGCUGAUUUUAUUUACUUUAUUUUACGGGUUUUAAACAAGUCACCUCUCCUAUCUGUCUACCAUGAAUACUACACAAUGUCUGAAUGCAUUUGAGGAAUUCUCCCCCAUUGUGUAGCCUAAUCACUUCCAGUUUGGAUGUCAGUAACUUCAGAACUUUAGAUGAUUUCAUUUUGUCAGAACAUAUCCUUAUUUGUAAUACAUUGCAGUGCCAUAAGAUCCAUCAAAGUGCAUUUUCAUGAACAAAUGUUCAAUAAAAAUUCAAAAUUACAGUAUGUACUAAAUUCUACAUAUGCUUCAUGUGAGACAAAAUAGCACAUUUUUUCACAAGGUAUUUUUCGAUUUCACAAACCACUGAGUAGACUUGUAAGGCCUUUACUCCAAUUCAGUCAUACUUAUUAUUCAGAUCACAUAUUUUAAUAGGUUUUCUUUAAGAAAUAUCAUGAAACAGACUUAAAUAUUUCCUUUAUUAUUUUGCUAUUUUGAUGUCUUAGUUGAUUUUUGUUUCUAUAAAGGAACUCUAACUAUUGUUAUUUUGUGAUCAUUCAAAAAAAAAAUUCUUCCAGUAUAGUUGAUAAGAAUGUAUUCCUACAAUAGAGACGAGAUUUCAUAAUUCAAAAACAGUUUUCUGUUACUGUCAUGGUACUUUCCUGAAGCUUGCCAAUGAUUUCCUUGUUUUUCUUUGUAUCUGGCACUGAACACUUAUUUUAUAAGUAAAAUGUUAGUUUUAAAUAAUAAUAAUAAUAUGUAACUACAACAUUUGAGAUGCUGCACACAAUGGGGCGCAACACAUAGUUUUUUAGCAAGGAAUCAUUGUUCAUUACUAAAAAUUUUAUCCUUAAACAAAAUCAAUUCAGUUAUAUUGGUUCCUAUUGAUAGCACUAUGUUUCCUCUCUACCCUCACAUUCACACUGCUAGUUUUCUUUAUGUUUUAUGGGUUCUAAUGUAAUGCAGACUGUUUUUAUAUAGUACUUGUUGUCCAUUAAAUUUCUUUAGGUAUAAUUCUGAAAUUUUGAGAGUGAUGAUAACCCUGCUGCCUUCUAUAUUAUUAUUUAUACAUCAUCAGGCAUUUUUGGUGUACAAAUCAAUUUAAAAUUGGCAGUGAAAAAUCGGAAUUCUAUAUAUAUAUUUAAUACCUUAACGCAGUUUCUAGAGAAAUGCACAGGAAGACAUAAAUUUCUUUGAGUGAUGGCAUCAUUUCUCGUUUGUCAUAAAUAAGACCAACUCUAGCAGUUCAGAGCUGCUUUUUCUAAAACAGUGUUGUUACCUAUCUAUCUACACAACAAACAAAUUUUUCUAUACAGAUAUAAAUUUCUGUCAUGAUAAAAUAAUGGAAUCCACAAUAACUUUCGCCAUACUUCAUAAGGAGGCAUUCAUAGUACUGUGUAUAUGAAGAUGUAUAAAAUUUAGUGACUAUAUUUAUUUACAGAAAGGACUAACUUUAUUUAUACAUUUUGUAAUUAGAACACUGGUUUCUGAUUUCAGUAUUAAUGUAAUUUCUAAGAUGAUAUCAAUACUAUGCAAAGGAUAGUUGCUACUCAACACACAGUGGAGAUACUGAGUUGCAGAUAGACACAAUAAACAGACUGUCACAAAAUUAGCUUUCAGCCAACAAGGUCUUUGUCAGAAAUAGACGCCUUGUUGGCCAAAAGCUAAUUUUGUGACAAUCUUGUUGUUGUGCCUAUCUGCGAUUCAGCAUCUUCACUAUAUGGUGAGUAGCAACUAUCCUUUUCGUAAUACUGUUGCAUUGCAUCCUGGAUUUUCCAUUGUUCUAAGGUAAUAAUUGAUAAAAGAUGUAAGAGUAUAUAGGGGUACUUUUUAUAAUGUGAUUAUAUUAUUUAACAUGGAUAUUAAAAUGGUACUAUUGGAAA